UUACGAACUAGCUGCAAUCUUUUAUUUGCGGGUGGCGGAACUUGGAACUACAAUAAUUAUAAGCAAUCUUCAAGUGUGGCGGAGAAGGCAGCGCUACGGGCGACCGCAAAUAAGUUUGUUCUAAAUUCAAAAUGGCGCUGAGAUCUAAAGGUGUAUUCAUAGUUGGCGCGAAAAGAACGCCAUUUUGUAGUUAUGGCGGGCCUUUUAGAGAGAUGCCAGCUUCGCACAUUUUCGCCUCUGCGGCAAAAGCAGCGAUUAUGUCAGCCAAUGUCGAUCCUAAUGCCAUCGACAAUACUGUCGUUGGAAACGUUAAUUUUUUGAGCCAAUGCGACGGCGGAAAGACCGCACGGUACUGUGGCCUGUAUUCAGGAGUGCCAAUAUACAAGCCAGCUUUAGGAGUCAGCAAAGCUUGCGGGACUGGUCUUCAGGCCAUUAUUACGAGUGCUUUGGAUAUCUUAACAGGUUCAGCAAAAUUAUCCCUUACAGGCGGGACAGAGAACAUGUCCUCUCUCCCGCUCUUAGUCCGGAACAUCCGCUUUGGUACUUCUUUAGGAGCAUCAUAUAAACUAGAAGAGUACAUAACUGAACAGUACUUGGAUUCAAAUGUAGGGUUGACACUGCAGCAGAUGGCUGAAGAGGUGGGAAAGAGCUGUGGAGUAUCGAGGGCCGAGGCCGAUGAGUUUGCUCUGCAGAGCCAUUUGAAAUGGAAGGCAGGUUAUGAAAACAAAGUGUUCGACGCCGAAGUAGUAAGUGUAAAAGCCAAAACGAAGAAAAAAGAAGUAGUGGUGGCAAAGGACGAACUCCCACGGACUUUCAUCACCGUUGAGCACCUUAGUUGCCUGCCUCCUGUUACAGGACUUUCGAUUGUCACUGAAGGGAAUUCCUCGAGUCCUGCCGACGGCGCCGCAGCGCUACUCCUAGCAAACUCAGAAGCCGUGGAACAGCAAAACCUCCAGCCGCUAGCUAGAGUGGUUGGCUGGGCGUGCGUGGGGACAGACCCGAGGGACGCGACAGGGGCAGUGCCGGCCGUUAGAAAACUGUUGGAGGUUAUGGAGAUGACUGUGGACGAUGUGGACUUGUUUGAGAUCAAUGAAACCUUCGCCACAGCUACGCUUGCCGCAGCGCGGGCACUUCAUAUAGAAGACAGAGUGAAUCAGCAUGGCGGUGCAUUGGCUCUGGGUCACGCCCCCGCAGCUACCGGCGCUCGUAUGGCAGUUCAUUUGGCGCACCUAAUUAGCCAGAAUAAAGCGAAAAGGAGUAUAGCAGCCUCUAGCUGUGGAGGUGGCCAGGGUGUUGCCAUUAUGUUAGAACACAUUUAGGUAAAUAUUAUGUUGUAGGCAUGGAUAUAGUAUAUACACAAAAAAUAAUUUGCACCAAUUUGCCACUCAAGUUAUUUGACAGAUUGAUGCUCAUUACUUAUAAUUUCAUCACUUAAACAACAUUCACACUAGUAGCUAGCCAUGCCUACAUAUGCAGAAUUCAUAAUACUCAUGAUACAAGUAAUAUUGUAGUAGGUAUAUAAUGUCAAGCAAAAGGAAUAUGUUUGUAUUGUACCUGCUUAAUAAAUCGUACUUUGAUUUAUUGUAAAAAAAAUGAUUGUUUUGAUAACAGAAUUAUAAAUUCUAUACUUAUACCCAUGUUUGACCAUCAUUGAUUAAAUUUGCUCUAGAUUGAGGAACAAUCUUCGAAAUGAAAGAAUCAGGUGCUAUACAAAACUGUAUUAAUUAAUUGCAUAAUUUAUAACUCAUUUAUAUAAUUGCAAAGUUAAAUGCAAGUUUAAUAAUACUCUUAAUAAUAUUUUUGUCACAGUGUCAUAAAAGAUUCAGGUUCAGAAAUAUCUGGUAAAAAUUUGAUAAGUACCAUUUUUAACAUAUCUUAGUUGAUUUUUUUUUCUAUAUUUAUAUUACAUAAGUUAUGCACAUAUAUAUCAA